AUGCGCUAUCUCAUUCGCUUUUGCGAGCAUGAAACACUUAUUCCCCUCUCCUCCUCCUCCACCAGCUCCGGAUCCGGACGAACCGGCAUCUUCAUUGCCCUCAGCACGGUGCUGGAGCGCCUCCGUCAGGAGUCGGUGGUCGACAUGUACCAGACGGUCAAGUUGCUGCGGCAACAACGAGUUCACAUGGUGCAGACAGACGAACAGUACCGCUACUGCUACCUGACCACUUUGGAGUAUCUCAACUCGUUCGACUUGUGCGCCCAUCCACCAGCACCGCUUCUGCCCUCGCCCACUCUACCCGCCGGCACCAUGGCAACCGGAGCAUUGGCAACUAUGCCUCUGGCGUUGAGCCGUGAGCAACCAGUUGGGCUUGGCAACGCGCCCUCCAAUUUGGCGUUUGUCUACAAAGACCGUCGACUGGCCGGGCAUGCGUUGAGAGGCCGAUCCGGUGCCUUCAGACUGGGCAGUCAGAGUCCGGCCAGUCACCAUGGCACCGCGGUUGUCAAUCUGGCCAACGAGGAGCCGAUUGUCAUUCUGCCCGGAGGCCAACGACGCACGUUGGAGGCGCACAUUCGACAGCAGAACAGCACCAACAGGAGGCCCAACGAGAGGGAAUAUGCCGAAGAGGCGGACGGAGGGAUCGACGACUACGAAGCCGAUUGGCCAAUGUCGUAG